AUGGCUCUCCCCCAAAAGUCCAAAGCAGACUACUACCAAGCACUUAGUGGUAAGGAAACCACUGACGACUGGGAUAUUCUCGUGUCUUACUCUGAAAAUGAGCUAAACAAUCUACUUGACAAAAUCUGGGGUGAGAAGAAAUUCUUCUACAACCGCACAUUCCCCGGCGCCAAGGAGACUAUAGGAAAUAUUACGAUCGAGCAUACCUUUAAUCUGAGCUUGACCUCACCCCGGCUGAGCUUCGAUUCUAUGAACGAUGGAGGACCAAAAGUCAAACUCACGAUGGGAUUCGCCGGAGAAAUGAUAGCAACAGCCACGAUCCCUGGUGGAGAACCACAGGAAUCAACGACGGAAAUCCCUGAGGGUUGGGCUGAUUUAGUAUUGAAAGUGCCACUUACAUCGUUCAAUAUCACCAAUGGGGAUGUUGAGAAUGCCCAGAAUAUCAUCCACUUUGGAGACACGGGUGACAGCGAUCAUUGUGUGAUCUUUCAUUUUCAGAACAUGGAAUCUCAAUGGGACUUUGUGCCCCACCCAGGAAUAGAUCCAUCUGUCGAGGAACAGCUAAACCAGGCCGGAAAUAAUAUCACAGGGUGGUUCAAGACUAUCGACAACGUGGGUAUGAUCGACUAUGGGCUGGCCAAAAUCAACAGCAAAACUGAUCCAACGUCCAAAUUACUCCGUCCCAAGUCGUAUAAGAUAGUCUCAUCUAAAGGACUGCUAAAUAUCUUCAUUCAGACCGAAGGUGGGAGUCCCUAUCCAGGGAAUGAUCAAAACACCCAGUUUGGACGUCGGUACAGUGGUUUCAACUUUAGUUCUAUACCCCAGGACUACACAGCAUGUAUUAUCAUCUCUCGCGAGCUUUUUUCCAGGAAGUUUCUCUUGAAUCAAGUUGGAAAACAGUCCUCUGCCAUAGAUGUGGUCGACAAGACCAAAUCUAUAAGCGAUUCGACCCCUGGUGCGGUCAUGGAUGUGAAGUACGCGAAAUCAGUUAUCGUGCCUGCGAAGAGCUACUAUAUCCCUCCAAUCCAUUUCUAUAUCGAACGGUGUGAUAUUGACUGGAAUGAGCAUCCCCUGCGCCUUACACUUUCAGAUGAGCCACCUUAUACAGAACCAAAAUAUAAAUGGGACUGGGACUUCUCUGCCCGUACACAAUACUGGGCCAAUGAGAUCCCAACUGGCCUGACGGUUUUAGCUAAGGUCGAAGGAAGCAAGAGGAGAUUUGCAUGGGUGAAAAACUACAGUAUUAAUUUCGAUCUUUGUCUGACCGGUAGUGAUCAGCCGGAAACGUGGACUGAGCCAGCCCACCCUGGUGCUGAGAUCACGCCUCAAGCUUCCCUUCCAAAAUUUAGUAUUCCCUUGGAAGAGCUCAACUUCUUUGCGACUCAAAAUAUUCUGGCUCCGGGUGAGAAGUUCAUCUCAGCGUCUGGUUUAAUGUUUCCUGGGGACCUCGUGUUGAUAGGCACAAUUCCUACAAACUGA